GUGGUCACGUCGCGAGGCCCGGCCCUCCGCGCAUACAUCUUCGCGCCCUUCCCGCGCUGAUUGGUUGACAGCGCCCGGCCCGCAGUGGGGCGCGGCUGCCUGCGGCCGUUUCCCGGGCGACGGGCUGUCGCCUGCCAUGGCGUGGCUAGAGGUGGUCUCCGAGAGCGGCGGGCGGCGGCACCGGGUUGCGCUGUGCUCGCUGACGGCGCUCGGGCUGCUGCUUCUGGGCGUGCUCACCUACGUGCCGCCGCUGCUGGUGGCCUACCGGAGCCACGGCUUCUGGCUGAAGCGGAGCAGCUACGCCGAGCAGCCGAGCGUCCGCUUCCGGCACGAGGUGCUGCUGGUGGGGCAGAUGGAGGGCGGCGGCUUCGUGGGCUGGAGCUCCUUUCCCGCCUGCAACCGCCUCCUAGGCGACCGCCUGCGCGUCCCGCUCGUCUCGGCUAGAGAGGAAGACUCAAAUCAAGAUGGAAUGAUGGACCUGUUAAAUUUUCGCCUGGAGCUUCCACUUCAAGCUACAGAGCAAAUAGUUGGGAUCCAGCUCAUUCUGACAUUUACCUAUCAGUUGCAGAGAAUGUCUACAUUCGUGAUGCAGUGCAUGGCCUUUUGGCAGGCCUCUUCCCCUUUGCCAGGGUCAAAGGUCUUUGUGAGCGGAGACCUGAAGCUUCACCAGAGGCAGCCACUUAGCCAUACUGGGCUGGACAGCAGAUAUAAUGUAUCUGUGAUCAAUGGUACAAGCCCUUUUGCCCAGGACUAUGAUCUUGUGAACAUUGUUGCAGCAUAUCAGGAGAGGAAUGUCACAACAAUUUUGUCUGGUCCCGGCCCUAUCUGGGUGGUUGGAAGAGCACCUGAUGCACCGUUUGUGGUCCAGACAACCAUCCACUACCCAGUGGAACUGAUCCUAUAUCAGCCAGGUUUCUGGGAGAUGAUUAAGUUUGCCUGGAUUCAGUAUGUUGUCAUCCUGCUGAUUUUUCUUUGGAUUUUUGAAAGAAUAAAAAUAUUCCUUUUCCAGAAUCAAGUGCUAAGCACAGUACCAGUAACACCAGUUCCCCCUGGAUUGUCAUAUAAAGAGCACCAGUCCUGAACAUGCUCCUAAAAAUACCUAAAACUCCAACAGGAUGAAUAAAAAUCCCAUGCUUCCAUUUUUUUCUUCAGCAGCUUUGCACAUUGAAGAUGAGGAGGCACCUGUGUGUUUGUGGUCAAGGCUUAUUGCAAGAGUGAAAAGAACUCUGUAUGUCAGUUCUCUCUGAGCCAAGUAUUUCCACUUGAGGUGCUAUUUGAGCAGCAUAUUGGGAACCUAAUUUGCUGCCUUGCAUUUUGUCUUCAGUUGUAUAUGAAACACUAUCUGCACACACCCAGAUAGUGGCUGAAGGAGCUUCAGUUGAUAAUGAGAUACACUGUUUUAAGUAAAUUCAUUCUCUUUAAUACUUUUAUAA